AUGCAUCUCGGCGUCCAGAAAGGUCAAACAAUUCUUGACUCCGUCGUGAAAGGCAAGCCCGAUAUAGGGCCUGUGGUGGUCCUAGAACUGGGUUGUCAUGCAGGAGAUGGCACCUUGAGCAUUUUCAAGGCACUUAAAGACCGUCCUGGCAGCAAGAUUAUCAGCACGGAGACCAACAAGGAGUGGUUGAAGGCUGCCAAAAGAAUCAUUGCUCAUGCAGGCCAUGGCUCACAUGUUCAGUGGAUUCCUCUGCUUUUGCCAGAGAAGAUAGACUUCUCUGACUUUCUGAAGAAGGUGAAGGAUGACUAUCAAUUGAAGAGUUUUGACUCUAUGGUCUUUGAUCAUGAGGAGAAACUGUUUCUGCCCUAUUUGAAGACAAUUCUAGAGCAGAAAAUGCUGAGAGUUGGUGGAACCGUACAGAUUGACAACGUUAAAAGGAAGGCUAGUGCCUUGGCAAAGUACCUGGACUUCGUGAAGCCUGGAAGGAAUGAAUUCAGCACACGGGUGAUUCAGGUUGAUGAACCUUAUCCUGAUGCUGUUGCAAUUUCACAGUUCCUGGAGAUUGCCGAGCUUUAG